AUGAUAUGUGAUGCACUUAUAGUAUUACUUGGACUUUUGCGCAAGUGGUCAGUGAUUGCCUCCCACUUACCUGGAAGAUCAGAUAACGAGAUAAAAAAUCACUGGCAUGCACAUCUUAAGAAGCGCUUUCAACACAAUUCAGAAACAAAUGAAAAAGUUGAAGCUUCCACCUCAAAACAGCACUCCCUAGUAGAAUCAAUUCAAGAGGAAUCUGGUGAAGUUGUUGCAAGCAGUUUCCAGAACAGUUGCCAAGCUACUUCCCAAACUCCUGACAGUGAUUCUCAAUCGCCCCAGCACACAUCAUUGAGAGAUGCUUUGUGCAUGAUAUCUGAACUUGAACAUGAAGCAGCCAGUAACGGGAAUUUGGCUACUGAUAACUUUGCUGACUUUAUGGAGCAAAACACAGAUCCUAUCAGUGCAUAUUCUUGGGAAGAACUUUAUGAAAUUUCAUAUUUAUGUGAAUUUCUCGCUCCUUCGUACUGAACCUGAAAGUUUUUGUCCAGUUUAUGAUGUCUGGGGGGGUUCGGAUAGUAACAGGAAUAUGAUAUAUAACGGUUUGUUUUUUCUUCUUUCUUACUGUUCUUUUGGGGCAAACCAUACCAGUUUAUUUUGAUGAAAGGGGUGUUACAUUGUGGGCAGAAUGAGUAAUUCUAUUCCUAAAAAACCAUGGUAUUUUUUUUGUAA